GUCGUGACCGUCCCUCCACACAAAAGUGAAGAGGAUAUUUUCUUGUUGCUGGUGGUAGCUUAGUUUGUGAACCAAGAUUUUGUCAAUGGCAACCUUGUUUAGCUCUCCACCGUUUCUAACUCACCCUUUAACAAGAACUGCCCACUUCUCCUCAUCGUCGCAAAUACCUCCGCCGAAUCCACCUUCACAACCACCAUCUCCUAAAUUAAGCACAACUUCUUCUGAGCAGCAACCACCUGCUGCAGCCUCCGUCAAAGUGGGAGAAGCAAAGCCCCCAAAACCUGCAACCACUGUUGAAACCACUGACUGGAUAGCUUCAUCCUUGACCAGGCGGUUCGGACUUGGUGCUGGCCUUGCGUGGGCAGCCUUCCUUGCUGUUGGAGUCAUCUCUGAACAAAUUAAAACUCGCAUUGAAGUUUCUGAACAAGAAGCAAAUACAAGAGAUGUUGAGAAGGAAGAGGAGGUGGUGCUGCCUAAUGGACUAAGGUACUAUGAGUUGAGAGUUGGGGGAGGGGCUUCUCCGAGGAAUGGAGACCUGGUGGUGAUUGAUCUAAAAGGAAAAAUACAAGGCAAGGAUGAAGUAUUUGUUGAUACAUUUGAUGGAGACCGAAAGCCACUUGCUCUAAUAAUUGGCUCAAGACCUUACGCCAAAGGAAUGUGCGACGGGGUAGAAUAUAUUCUAAGAUCAAUGAAAGCAGGAGGCAAAAGGAGAGUCAUAGUUCCUCCCAAUCUUGGCUUCGGAGAAAACGGUGCGGAUUUAGGAUCGGGUGUCCAGAUUCCACCGUCGGAAACCCUCGAGUACAUUGUUGAGAUUGAUAAAGUCUCUAUUGCACCUGCAUGAUCUUGUUUUAUUCAGUAUAUUUUGUCCUGUCCAAGGAACAAAGAUUGGCGACUUGGUCGAUCAGUGAUAUCAUUGAUUUGAUUAAAAUAUGAGCUCUCAAAUAUGAUAUUC